AUGAGUAAGCCAGGCGAUUUCGAAGCCGUCCGGAAGGACAUCAUUGCCCAGAUGAAACAGCCAGGCUACGACGACGGCAGUGCUGGCCCCGUCUUCGUCCGUCUUGCCUGGCACUCGUCCGGCACAUAUGACAAAGAAACCGACACCGGAGGUUCCAAUGGUGCAGGUAUGAGAUAUGAGAAAGAAGGCGGCGACCCAGCAAACGCAGGCCUCCAAUUUGGCCGAGCAUUCCUCGAACCCGUGAAGAAGGCACACCCUUGGAUCACAUACUCCGAUCUCUGGACGCUCGCCGGCAUUGUGGCGAUCAAGGAGAUGGGCGGCCCUGAGAUCCAGUGGAAGCCCGGACGUACCGAUUUCGUAGACGACUCUAAGCUCCCGCCACGCGGACGCCUGCCAGACGCGACACAAGGACAAGACCAUCUCCGUCGCAUCUUCUACCGCAUGGGCUUCAACGACCAAGAGAUCGUCGCUCUCUCGGGCGCACACAAUCUUGGCCGCACGCACGCCGACCGUAGCGGCUUCAACGGGCCCUGGGUCAACAAUCCCAUCCGCUUCUCAAACCAGUAUUUCAAACUCCUCAAGAACUUGGAAUGGAAGCCGACGACGCUGUCCAACGGAGUCAAACAGUUCACAUACGUCGACCCAGACGUUCCCGAGGACGAGAAGGAGGAGCCGCUGAUGAUGCUUCCGACGGAUAUGUGUUUGCUCUCGGAUCCCGAGUUCGCCAAAUGGGUGGAUCGAUAUGCAGAUGACAAGGAGCUGUUUUUCGACCAUUUCGCCCGUGCAUUUGCCAAGUUGCUGGAGCUGGGGGAUUCAGCGAGACGCCAGUGGAAGGAUUACCAACACAGAUAA